AUGGCCACUAGCGGCAUCGAUUACCUCCCAAAUGGGUCCGAUGAUAAGAAGAUACAGGGUGUGUUUGUUGAUGAAGAGAACAACUUCGGGCCUCGCCGCAGUGACUCUGUUGCCUCUGUCAGAAUAGUCCACGAUGACACUCAUCGAAAGCUCAAGAGUCGACACAUUCAGCUUAUUGGUAUUGGUGGUACUAUCGGAACUGCUCUCUAUGUCCAGAUUGGUCGAGGCCUGAUGAACGGCGGCCCUGCGUCGCUGUUCCUUGCCUUCUCUUUGUGGUGUACUGUGAUCUUAGCGGUCACCUUCGCCCGAAGCAGCACAUUCCACAAAUGUCCAAACACGGAAGACGAACUAACCUCAGCCUCAGGUAUUGCAGAAAUGGUCACCUUUCUCCCAAUCUCCUCGCCUUUCAUUCGAUUUGCUGGUCGCUUCGUCGAUGAUGCUUUCGGUGUUGCUGCUGGCUGGAAUUUCUUCGUAUUUGAAGCUGCUCUCGUGCCCUUUGAAAUUGUGGCUUGCAAUGUCAUCAUCAAUUUCUGGAGCAACGCUGUACCUGUUGGCGCUAUCAUUGCGAUUGUAAUCGUUCUCUAUGGCGUGAUCAACCUAAUGGCUGUGAAAUGGUACGGUGAAACUGAGUUCUGGGCUGCUGUCGGCAAGGUUCUGCUCAUCAUCGGUCUCCUCAUCUUCACAUUCAUUUCCAUGCUUGGCGGAAACCCUGAAAAAGAUCGAUAUGGCUUCAGGUACUGGAAGAACCCCGGAUCUUUCGCUCAGCUGUACUACACUGGCGAUCUAGGGCGUUUCCUUGGCUUCUUGCAGUGCUUGAUCCAAGCCUCGUUUACGAUCGCUGGUCCUGACUACGUGUCCAUGGCUGCCGGAGAGACCGAGAAUCCCCGCAAGGUCAUGCCUCGCGCCUACAACGCCGUCUUCUACCGUCUCACAACUUUCUUCGUCCUUGGUUCCCUGGCUGUUGGAAUCAACGUCCCAUACAACGAUCCUGAGCUGAAGGCUGCGUUCGCUGAUGGCAAGCCCGGAGCUGCUGCUUCGCCGUACGUCGUUGCCAUGAACAGGCUCAGGAUUGAGGUUCUUCCCCACAUCGUCAACGCUGGUGUCCUCGCUUCCGCCUUCUCCGCCGGUAACUCCUAUGUCUACUGCGCAUCGCGCUCUCUGUUUGGUCUCGCGCUCGAGGGCAAGGCACCCAAGGUCCUGACCAAGUGCACUAAGCAGGGUGUUCCCUACCUCUGCGUUGCCGUCGUCCUCGCCAUCUCUCUGCUCUCGUUUUUGCAGUUGGGUGAGAACUCUGCGGUCGUUCUCAGCUGGUUCGUCAGCUUGGUGACUGCCUCCCAGCUCAUCAACUUCUCCGUCAUGUGCUACACGUUCUUGUGCUUCUACAAGGCGUGCAAGGUGCAGGGACUGGACAGGAAUACCUUGCCCUACAAGGGUAUUCUGCAGCCGUACGCUGCAUACUACGCUCUCACCGCAACGUUCAUCAUGACCUUCGUUGGUGGCUACACGGUGUUCUUGCCGGGUUAUUGGGAUGUUCCAAACUUCCUCUUCUCAUACAUGAUGGUGUUCCUCUUCCCCGUCAUCUUCCUCGGAUGGAAGUUCGUCAAGAAGACCAAGACCGUCAAAGCGCACGAGGCGGAUCUUAUCACCGAUUUGGCUGAAAUUGAAGAGUACCAUCGCAAUUACGUGCCGACGCCCGAGACCAACUGGUUCAAUAAAGCGUUGGACAAGCUUUUUGGUUAG